AUGUCGAACAACACCAGCGCCCCAGAUUUGCCCAACCCAUUCACACCCGUGGCGUUUCUACCUGCAGAGUUGGCCUUUCAAGUCACUAUCUCUGUCUGCAUCUUUGUCGGCUCGUUGGGUGUCCUUGUGUGGGACAUCUUGAACAAUCUCCAAGAGGACUACAAACUUUUUUUCAAGCACCCUCUCAGGCUUCCCACUGUCAUAUACCUCAUAUCAAGAUUGGCGACACUCGCUUUUGUUCUCUCAAGCACUAUUUAUGAAACGGCGCCCGUGGACAUCUCCUGUCGUCUAUUUAAUAAAGUCGUGGAUUGGUUAUUCGCCCUCUCCGUGUCUUCCACUUCGCUCCUCUUUCUCAUCCGCAUCUUCGCAAUAUUUGACCGCAACAAAGGGGUCAUUGUGUUCUUUAUCUUCAUGUCGCUCUCUGUUGUCGCAGGCGUACUCACAGCUACCCAAGGUGUUCUCGGUGCAAAAAUAGGACCGACGAGGUACUGCAUUAACGUCAGCAUGGAGUCGUACGUCUCCGCUGGCUCUAUAAUUCCUCUUGUGAACGACACCUUCGUGUUCCUUGCCAUUUCUUGGAAGUUGAUGAUGAAUUCGGCCAUUUCCCGCCCGAAGAUUGGCAAAAUCAAGGCAUUUUUCCGCGGUCAUUAUUUACCGGCAUUCUCGAAAGGGCUGUUGCAAGAUGGGCAGGUCUACUACUUAACAACGGUUUCCACCAACCUCUUAACGGUUGUCGUAUUUUUCCUCAAGACAGUACCGGUUGUGUAUCGAACGAUGUUCGUUGUCCCGAACGUCAUGCUCAUGAAUAUCAUGGCGUGCCGCGUUUUUAGACGCACCAAGUUCGGCCUUUAUAGGGAAAAGACCUCAAUCAUUUCAAACGGCAUCAAUUCGAAGAAUAACGACACCAUAAUUCCACUCUCUUUCACAUCGAAUUCGCACUCUAACGGUAGAUUAGGACGAGGUCGGAGUAACACCAUUGGAGGGAUCGAAGUCACGAAGACCGUCGAGCAACGCACGGAUGGAAUGGGGCAGAAGUCACCGGCAUAUGGUCCUCAUGACGAUGUUUCAACUUUUGCUUAA